UGUCCGGUGAAGACAGAGUGCAAAAUGGGUCAGAUUUUAAACAGAAAGUACGAUAAAUUUGAACUGUAAACAGAAAAAUUCAAUACAUUUUGAAUUAAUCUGUCUAUCAGCUGAGAGGAGUGUCAUAGAUAAGCUGUUGCACUGGACCUGCUGAGGAAAACACAACACCGGAGGAGGGGCAUCCGGAGGAAACGGGGAACUGCCAGGUCGAGUCGGAGACUUGAGCACAGGCUCCGUGGAGUCAUGAGAACAGCCAGAAGAGCCAGCAACGUGGAGGUGCCCUCCUUCCUCAGGCAGCUGGUCAAAGAGACGGAGAAGAUGGUCACCUUCUUCUUCAAAGGAGGAUCCAGAGAGAGAGGGUCCGAUGAGGAGGACAGUCUGGAUGAGGAUGACUGCUAUCCCAGCCCAUACUUGGAGCACCCCAUCCUGGAGAAGCAUGUGUCUGAAGGGAGCUCCCAGUCUGGCCUCAACUACGCAGUGGCCAGUAUGCAGGGCUGGAGAGCACAGAUGGAGGACGCACACUCCUGCAUGCCACAGCUCAGCGGGGAGCUCAAAAACUGGGGAUACUUUGCCGUCUUUGAUGGACAUGCAGGCACCACUGUCGCACAGUACUGCUCCAAGCACCUGCUGGACCGCAUGAUUACAACAGGUGGGAUAAAGGCCAUGGAGGACCCUGAGGAGGUGAAGGAGGGGAUCCGAAAUGGUUUUCUGGACAUUGAUCGGCACAUGCACAAGUUGGCCCGCCAGGAUAAUUGGGAUCGAAGUGGGUCCACUGCAGCAGCAGUCUUGCUUUCCCCUGAAUACAUUUAUUUUAUCAACUGUGGAGACUCAAGAACCCUUCUGUGUCGCGAUGGCCAAGUAGUCUUCUACACGGAGGACCACAAGCCAUUCAACCCCAGGGAGAAGGAGCGCAUCCAGAACGCAGGGGGCUCAGUGACCCUGCAACGGGUCAAUGGAUCUUUGGCUGUGUCCAGAGCUCUGGGGGACUUUGACUUUAAAGAGGUGGACUGGAGACCUCAGACAGAGCAGUUGGUCUCACCUGAGCCCGAGAUCUAUGAGAUGGAGAGGGCGCCUGAAGACGAGUUCUUGAUUUUAGCCUGUGACGGCGUCUGGGAUGCGAUUGGAAAUGAAGAACUUUGUGCCUUUGUGCGCAGCCGUCUGAAAGUGUGUGAUGACCUACGAGAGAUCUGUGCCCAGGUCAUAGACCUCUGCCUUUACAAGGGCAGCCUGGAUAACAUGAGCAUUAUCAUUGUGUGCUUCCCUGGAGCUCCCCAGCUGUCCCAGGAUGCACUGCAGCGAGAGGCCGAGCUGGAGCAACACAUCGAUAUGAAAGUGGAAGAAAUAAUACAAAUGAUGAGGUCUAAAGAUGAAGAUCCAGAUCUGUUGUAUGUAAUUAAAAUCUUGGCUGCAGAGGAAAUACCAGAGCUUCCACCAGGGGGCGGCAUUACAAGCAAACGUGAUUGUAUUAUUUCAGCCUAUCAGAAACACAUUAUUAGUGGCAGAAGCCAGGAACCAAUGGAUGUGGAGGGAUCAGAAGAGGACUCAAGAUAAAGCUGGAUCAUGGGUGGUGCCAGAGGAAUAAUAUGCAUGA